AUGGUAUUCAUUCUUCGCAAUAAAUCUGAUAUUCAGCGAUUUGCUAUAAUUCGGUAUAGAUAUGCUAUAGGUGAAGAUAUUGUGAUGAAAAAUGUUUAUAGAUGGAUUGUUCAAGCUGUUAAGCGCAAUGUUAAAGAAAUGAGUUUGAAAAUCAGUCAAGGUCAUCCAGAAGCACUUGAAAUUCCCCAUCAACUUGUUAAUUGCAAGUCACUGGUGCACUUGGAAAUGCAAGUGAAUUUUGGUUUCAAAUGUACAGAUGCUAUGUUACCAAAAUCAAUGGAUUUACCUCGGCUCAAAGUUUUGUGGAUUCAUGGAGUUUCGAUCCCCAAUGAAGAACUAUCUAAAAGGAUCUUUUCAAGUUUCCCAGUUCUUGAAAAGUUAUUCGUAUAUCAUUGUGACAUACCAAAUUUGACUGUUAAUUCUCUCAGCCUCGAGAAUUUCGUGUACAAGCGGUUACCUGGUAGUACAGACAAUGUUAUCAAGUUGACUACUCCAAAUCUAAAAUAUUUCCAGUGCAUGUCUUGCGUGACACAAUUAUAUUCUCUAGAAAACUGUUCUCUUCUAUUCGAGGUAAAUUUUAAGUUGGAUCUCAAAGAAAGAGUUUUAGGUGAGAAUACAGAAGCAUAUUGUAAUUUUCUCUCACAUGAAGAAAUGGUAUAUGCUAAACAUAUGACGAAGUUUCUAAGAGAGGCUUGUAUGGUGAGAAAUAUGUGGUUAUCCUAUGGAUUACUCGAG